AUGGAAGUUGCUAUGGUGUUGGAGCGACCUGUAUCCAGUCAGGAGGAAAUACCAAGUGUGGUCUCUCCGGGGGCACAGUCGGUGUCCCUGCCGUACCUGGAGCAACAACGCCAUCAGCAAGCGUCUGCCGCAACUCAAAGUCCCCAAGCAAGUUUAGGAUCCGCGCAGGUCGCCGGGAUAGCUAUCGGGUCCUCGAUAGGUGGAAUACUAUUCAUACUGUUCAUCAUCUCUACCUUGAUGUGGUAUCAUCGACGGAAGCUGCCAAAACCUGACGGCGACGAAAGAUUCAAUCCGGCAACGGACAGUGUCCGUGAGAUGUUCGACGGCCCCGGAAAUCAAGGAUCCCAAUCUCAGACUGUGUCGAUGUAUGACCCGGCCGCCUGGCGCGAGAACUAUUCGGCAUCAUCGCCUCGGGAACUUGAGGGCCGACCAUCGCUGCAGUCUCCGAGACGCGUGGCCAGUGAGGCAUGGCUACGAGGAAGUGUAGUCUCAGUCUCGUCGCCUGUCAGCACAAAUUUCUCCCAAGGAACAGUAUCGCAUAAAUCAUCGGCGUCAUGGCAAGAUGGGAUGGUUAUGAGGGGAGACCUUGCUCCCGCCCCCGCCCCACCGUAUGCUCGGAGGGUAUCAGCCAGGGCUUCUCCUAUUGCUGAGUUGCCUGCUUAG